GGCGUGGUCGCCGCCAUGUCCCCGCGGAACGGCCGCCGCACCGGCGCCCACCGGGCGCACUCGCUCGCCCGGCAGCUCAAGACGAAGCGGCGCCGCCGCGACCUGGACGAGAUCCACGCGGACAUGAAGCCCGAGAACGCGGCGCGGCUGCUGCGCCAGGAGGUCGACCCCGACCUGCCGGGCUGCGCCCAGUUCUACUGCCUGCACUGCGCGCGCUACUUCGUGGACCUCAACAGCAUGAAGGAGCACUUCAGGUCCAAGGUGCACAAGAAGAGGCUGAAGCAGCUGCGGGAGACUCCGUACACGCAGGAGGAGGCCGAGCGUGCCGCGGGGAUGGGAUCCUACAUCCCCCCAAAGAAGGUGGAGGUGCAGACCCAGCCCCUGGAGGAGGCCACCGAGAUGGAGACGUCCAGCUGAGCCCAGGGGACGAGGGACUGAGAUCUGGCGGCUCUGUAAAGGCGUCUUUGUCCUCAGCUUUGUGAGAAAAACACGUCCCAGCACAGCCUGCCAGGAAAAACCACCCUGCUCCUCCUGCAGCCCCGGGACUAAUGAGGAGAAGGAGCCAAGGAGACCCUGGGUGCCCUCACCAUGUGUCCUCCUUCUCCAAGAAGGGACAAGCAGCUUGUCCUGGCAGGACUACACUCCUCUCAUUGCUUUUGGAGAGAUUUUGGGUGUCUGUCCUUUGGUCAGAGGUUAUUCCAGAGGUUCAGCCAUUAAAAUAUGUCAACUAAGAGCCUGGAA